CUGGCUGCCUCCUGGCUCAGAGAGGAAGAGGGGGACGGAGGCAGGUGAAGGCAAACGGAGAGAAACCAAGAGGGGACAAGGAGGGGGAGAAAAAGCGAGAUGAAGGAAAGAGAAGAAAGCAGCACUGCCUCCCUGCAUGCUGCACGCUGAGACGGAGGGGGAGAGCCAGAGAGGCAUGCAAGUCUCUGAGCGGGAGGAAGGAGCCUGAGGAGGAGCACGAUGCUUCAGUCCUGCUGUCCCUGAACCAAACCAGGAGAGUGCGAAGGCGCAACAGGAGGGAGCGCGAACGGAAGGGAAACCCUCGAGAGAAGAAAGUAGAAUAAUAAUAAAAAGAGCAGAUCGAGAGAAGCCCUGGAGAAGAAGAGCGACGAAGAGAAUGGAGGAGAGAAUCACAGGCAAUCAAGCAGAUCCUCCAGCAGCCCAGCUCGCGUGAACGCGUGGAGCCGAGCCUGACCAAACUUACUACUUCAAGAUGCUGUCAAAGAACCAGCGUGAAAGCGCGGAGUGUUGGUGAUGGAUGUCCGCCUGCACGCACCGCUGCUUCUGCAAACUGAGCAGGAGUAGAUGAAAGCCGCGCUCUCCUCUUAUCCAGGUGUGUGUGAGGGAACAUAUGGCCAGGCAGAUGUUUGGGAAGUGAACGGAGACCAGGAGUCGCCAGAGCAGAAGCAGGGAGGAAAGGGGGGGAAACACACUCACGUGCAAAGUGAGUUGGCAGCGGAUUGCAUAGAUAUUAGGACUGUGUGUGUUUGUGUGCGACGCGCACAGUCCUGCCAUCUAGGAGCGGGGACGAGCUGUAAGAGUGUGUGUCUUUGAAGAAAGGCAGAACACAAGUGAUGUGUCGCUGACUUUUCAGGCUCCUUCACACCUGGAGAUCCACCGGAAGCCACUCGCUACCUCAUCUCUGCACAACAAGUGGACUUUGAGCACUUUAUCACCAGCGCUGCUUGUUCUCCUGCUGGCUGGGAAGCCCACUGGGGUGUCAUUCCUGAUUUCCUCGACCCAGUGGAUGCCUUCUAGCUCUGACCAUGGGAGAAUGGACCAUCCUAGAGCGCCUCCUGGAGGCUGCCGUGCAGCAGCACUCUACUAUGAUUGGAAGGAUCUUGCUGACGGUUGUGGUGAUCUUCCGUAUCCUGAUUGUGGCCAUUGUUGGAGAGACGGUGUACGAGGAUGAACAGACCAUGUUCAUAUGUAACACGCUGCAGCCGGGCUGCAACCAAGCCUGCUAUGAUAAAGCCUUCCCAAUCUCCCACAUCCGCUACUGGGUCUUUCAGAUCAUACUGGUAUGCACUCCCAGCUUGUGCUUCAUCACCUACUCCGUCCACCAGUCAGCCAAGCAAAGAGACCGGCGUUACUCUUUCCUCUAUCCCAUAAUGGAGAAGGACUACGGGGGACGGGACGGGGCGCGAAAGCUGCGCAACAUCAAUGGUAUUCUUGUCCAGCAUGGUGGAGAUGGAGGGGGAGGGAAGGAGGAACCUGACUGCUUGGAGGUGAAAGAGAUCCCCAACGCUCCUCGGGGUCUCACCCAUGGCAAGAGCUCCAAAGUUCGGCGACAGGAAGGAAUCUCUCGCUUUUACAUCAUUCAAGUCGUGUUUCGAAAUGCACUGGAAAUUGGCUUCCUAGCAGGCCAGUACUUCCUUUAUGGCUUCAGUGUGCCUGGGAUUUUCGAGUGCGACCGUUACCCCUGCCUCAAGGAGGUGGAGUGCUACGUGUCCCGGCCCACAGAAAAGACGGUGUUCCUGGUCUUCAUGUUCGCUGUGAGCGGCAUCUGCGUGGUGCUCAACUUAGCCGAGCUCAACCACCUGGGCUGGCGCAAGAUUAAGGCUGCCAUCAGGGGAGUCCAGGCCCGCAGGAAGUCUAUCUGCGAGAUCCGGAAGAAGGACAUGGCGCAUCUGUCCCAGCCGCCCAACCUGGGACGCACUCAGUCCAGCGAAUCCGCCUAUGUCUGACAAAAACAUUGAAAAUUAAAGGAAAAUGAGAGGGGGUUGGGAUGGCUUUUCAAGAGGAAAAAUGAGUAACGCAUUUAGUGUAAAGCAAGGCAAUCAGUUUUCUGUUAUGGUGGAAGAAAACAGAAUGUAAAAUGACCAAACGUCUGGCUCUGCAACUUUGAAAAUCAAGAGAAGGAGGCAGAGGACUAAGAACAUGAAAGUCUAAACCAGGACAAAAAGGUUUUUUUCCACAGAAUGGACUUAAUUAACACAACGGUCUCAUGAGAAGAUAUUCCUACCAUUUUAUAUGUCUGUCUUUUAUAACUAAUUACUUUCUGUCCUCUGUAAUGAGAAAAAUCCAACCCACAUGGGGCCGGAGAGAGAAGAAUGAGGGGGAAAAAAAGAGUUCGAAAGAAGAUGGUGAAGAUGUUCUCUUGGGAAAUUGGAAAAUGACUGAGCUGUGUGAUGCAUCUGAUGGUGCGUUUCAUCUGGACUUCAUCAGCUUCCCUUGAAAGAAUUGAGGGAAGGGGGGGCAGGAUGGGGGACGAGGAGGAGGAACGACAACAUCAUUAAAAGAGGAACGGAAGAACUGUCAGGGUCUUGACAAACCCUAAAGCUGCUCAAGGGGAGGGGGGAUCACCAAGCUGUGUGAGAAACAUAUAAUACAAAAGUGAGGAGUGAAGAGAGGAAACAUUUUUCCUUUCCGAUCCUCUCUCCGUCAGAGCCAGACUGAAGCCAGGAGAAACGGAGCUGCCUCCGAACAUUAUGUCUCGCCUCUGCUGGAACAUCGACACAGGCCAAACCGAGAGAGAAAGACUGACGAUGUUUUUGCUUUGUCUCUUGGCAAAAGAUGAUUUCAACACAAACACAGUGACUAGCUACCAUAAACACUCUUUUCUUCACCUCCCCUCCACCUCCCUUCCUCCCUCUCAGCUGGCAGCUGUGGAGACAGGGGGCAGGGAGGGACUCGAGUGACAGAAAUAACCCCUGCUGCUCUCCUGCUGCAUAAACUUUGAAGAGUGAACAAAUGGACAGAUGGAUGGUUAGUUUAAGUCUCUCCUAAAGCACAAACCAUACAAUCUUCCCUCCAGCACUUUGGUGUGCUGGGAGAAAAAAAAGGAGAAGAAGAAGGAGAGCAGAAGGAGAACUAAUUGGGGAAGAGAAAUUCAUCACCUUCUUAUAACUUCAAACAUUUUUUUUAAAACACAACACUUAAGAUUACUUUUUUGCUUUCAAAAACAAUGGUGCCAUCCAGUUACUUCAGUAUUCUCUAACAAUUACAUAGAGUACGACCUGGUCAUAUUAUUUAUUCAUUCAUCGUAUAUCCAAAUAGAUUUAUUUAUCUUUGGCCACGGUUUGGAUGAGAAGUUUAUUUCAAAACUACAAACUGUUUGUCUCUUAAUUUUUUUUUCCAUGUGAAGCGUUUCUCACUGGUCUGGUUGAUUUAUGAAUCGUAUGGGGGGGUGAGACAGGACAAGUUGGCAAUUUUUGUUAUUAAAUGCUUUGAGGAUGUGCAGCUGAUUUUUACUUUUUUUUUUUUUUUUUUUUGCUACUCUUUAGACUUAAUCUGAAGUAAGUGCAGACCUACAGCACUUGUAUCUUUCCGACACAGAGCCUUGACUUUUGUUUUUCUUCCUUAAAAUCAGCUGCCCACCUUCAGGGUACUUAAGGCCUGUGAGCCAUUUGAUAAAGGCAUGUUUACAUAAAGCAAUGUUUCUUGAAUGAUCAAGCUGUGUAACAGUCAUGUAGCUUCUCUCUAAGGGCCGUGAUGUUUUUCAGUCUCAGUGGAUUUAAUUUAGUUUUUUUUGUUUGUUUGUUUGUUUUCCCUGACUGGAUUUCAGCAUGCUUGCAGAAUUAAAGAAAAUUAAGGGGAUGAUAUGAAAGACAAGAAAAAAGAUGACAGAGAGUGGUGCACCUUGUUUAAUGCAGACAGGAGGAAGAGUGGCAGACUGUGGGAACCCCCUGUUGGGAUGAUGAUUGUGUUUCUGGGCCCUCACAGAUAUGCACAAAUGCAUAAUUUAGAGUGCAGAGCAAACAUUGCGGGAGCUGAAGAAACCAGAUAUAGAGACAGUUCAGUGAACCUUACAGUUUAUAUUCUAAAGAAGUUUUCAGCCAGGACGGUGUGCUUCUGUCACUCGUCAGGGUCGAGCCUUCGCUGACUGAGACAAUCAAAUGCUCAAAUCAUCACCUUCUCCCCUCGGAGCUUUGGCAUCCUAUUUUAACACAGCGGAUACCCUUUAGCCUCACAUUUCCACAUGUAAUGUGACCUACAUCCUUCAAACGGCGGUGCAUCUAAUGUCCAACAAACGCUUUAGAAAUGUAAGAUACUAGAAAUGUACAAUGAUAAUAAAAUAUUGGGUUUUAAAGUAGUUGAGGUUUAUAUUGACACAUUUUAAUGUUGCUUUCCCCUGCUUACUUGAUACAUUACAUCCUGUUUUAAAAUACACAAUUUAAAUAUGUUCCACACAUGUCAGAGACUUUUUUCAAGCAAGGACAGGAUAACAUAAAUUUUUUAUGAUAUAAUAUAAAUUAAUAAUGAAGUCAUUAUGUUGAAAUGAAAGUGAGUGAUAUCAGAUGUUAUCAACUAAAUCUUAAAACAAAAUGUUAAAAUGAAUACUUAAAUAAGUAGUCAUGUCCGAUAAUUUCGGAAGUGAUUGCGACUUGAAACCACCAUUUCAUGAUCUUGGUUUUGUUUUGUUUUUUGGUUUGUUUUUGCAGAUUUUAAAAUUUUAAAAUUAAAACUGUACUAAGUAAAACAAUUUCUUAAAUGUUAUAAUAUUUCUAUGUUAAAAAUAUGUUUCAUUUAUAUCAAAAGAUGUAAAAAUUGGCAUGAUCACAUGAAAAAAAUACUGCUGUGACAUUUAGUUAAUGUCUAAUGAUGCUAACUGCUCAUAAAAGUUCCUAAAAUGAUUUUUAAAAAGUUAAAUGUUCUUAAUUUCUUUUCACUAAAAUUUUCACUAAAAUACUAAACUCUUGUAUUAAUUGUAUUAUUUAGACACAGACUGUUUUGUAAAUAUUUUUUUAAAGUAACUUUGUCCCUCAAAAAGCCGCAGAGUCAACAGGAACAGCUAAUUCAGUUCUAAAGUAUAUUGAGUGCUGAUAUGUGCUCCUAUCCUUUCAGUCCAAAUUGCAGAAUUAGCUGCACCAUAAGUGUAUUAAUAUGGGCAGGAAAUGAGAAAUCUGAUAAUUAUUAAUGUAAACAGAAAUAUAUCUGAUGUUAUGAAGAUAAAAUGCUGCAGAGUAGUGCCUGUGGGAUUUAUGUACAAACAGGAAAAAAGCACCAUAAAGCCUGAAUUGUAGCAUUUCUAAAUCACAGUGUUUUUUUUUUUUGUUUUUGUUUUUUGCUAAAACUCAAAGAGGGACCACUGCUUUACAUUUAUCAAGCAACAAAGCACACUUUAUAUAAAGCACACAUUUAAGUAAACAAUUAAAAUUUGAAGUAUAUAUUUUAUGCUAAAGCUAAAAACUGUGCAGAUGCACACAGGUCCUUAUCAGGAUCCACUCUUUCAUGCUGCUAACAAAUUAGCUCUACAUGUAUCCAAAAGACAACAGUUGGUUUCUGCUAAUAUUCAGCUGCAGAUAUCCCCCACUGACUCUAUUCUCCAUUCCUCACCACUGUCAUAAUCUCCUGGAUUCUUACAGGUGAUUAUCUCCAGAUUUUGUUUCCUCCGAGGAUGUUUAUGGGGCUCAGUGCCAUCGGUACAAUCCUCUCUGUGUACGAUAGGAAAGGACGAUUUCUCUGAUAUGACAUGCUGGAAUGUCUAAUAAUAGAUGUUGGGUUACCUAUUACUUACAGUGCUUCUAACGAAAGCCUAAGUCGUGACCUCAAGCUUAAAAGCCUAGCCAAUGUCCUGUGCUAUAUGCAGAGUCUCUUCAUAGUACAACCCUGAUCUAAUCUCCACAGACUCUGGGUCAGAGCUAGUCUGAGUACUAUUUUUUACUGAAUGGCACACAUGCACAUGUUCAACAUGCAUUUCUCCUGGGAGAAAUGCAUGUAUAUAUGAAUGUGAGAGCUGGCAGACAGAGUUCACUUGUGCUCUUUGGGCUCUGUGGUUAUGUCUGGUUUCAUUCAGGUCCGAAACACAAACAUAUCCUUAGAGUGAGGAGACAGAGGGCCAUAAAUGUGUCCUGCUUUUCUUCGGUUUACGUUUAUCCAGCGUUCAUUACUGACUCGAGCCUCCUGUGGUUACACAGCCGUGGAGUUUGUCACUCUCACUGUAAAAGCAGUUCCCUGUCAACAGUCUACUACUCUCCAACACUCUGCUUUUCUAUUUGUCAAUGUGAAUUCAAUUAUGCAACCUUUUUAUUCUUAUUUGCUUCUCUUUUUUGAUUUGUGGGUUCAUUUUGUUGUCUGUAGCUCUUUUUGUGCGGUGGCAUAUAUAAAACAAAAAAAGAUAUUUUUUAUCUAUGUAAAUGAACAAUUUUUUUUUAAUUGUGUAAAAUCAAGGGUAGAGAGUUAAAAUAUAAUAGCAGAAAAAGAUGUUCUAUUUCCUCCCUUGCCAAAAUGAUAUGCAAAGUUUAGUUCAUUUACAAAGAUCUGUUUUUGACUGCAUGUGUGAAGGCUAUUGUAAGCAUGUUUCUAUGUUUUCUUCUACAGAACCUUUAAGGAAAAAACUUUUAUAGUCCAAGUUAUGGAGCGAGGCUGUUAUGUCUUGAUGCCAAGUGCAUAUUUUAAGGCUACAGGUCAUUUGAUCCCUUCUCUAUUUUGUUCAUUUCAUACCCAACUUUUCCAGGUUCAAAGUGUUGCUGUCUAAUUUUUAAGAUUAAACUCAUAGUCUUCUGAGUAAGAGAUUAUAUGAAUCCAGUCACUAUCAUUUACUCAGGUCACUCAGAAAAUAUUUUGGUUUGAUUUGGGACCAGUGAUCAGAACAAAUGCAAAUACAAAGUUUUCUGAAAAUAAUAUGCAAAUUAGUUCAAUUAUAUAUGAGAUUGAAGGAUUUUAUGACUGGUUCUAAAUUCUUUAAUUACUUCAGUAUAAAUAAAUAUAAACAUCUGUUGUGGGUAUGAAAUGGCAACAUGUGGGUGCAAACAGGUGAGGGGAUGAACUGACUCUGAGCUGUACUUUAAACAUCUGAUUGUUCAGAGUCAGGCAGAUUAUACCAAAACAGUGAUGUUAAAGCUACCUUUCUCACAAAACAUAGAUAACUUAUUCAUACAGUUAAUGUUCUACUUUGUGGAAUUUGCACAUAAAUAUAUAUAUAUAUAUAUAUAUAAUAUAUAUAUAGUUAUAUAUAUAUAACUUUA